AAUACAUCCUGUAUGUAAACUUCCGUUUUCUCCUGUUUUGAUUGAAGGUCAAUCAUUGAUGGCUAACCAUAAAAACUUCUGGGUUUAAUCUCUUUUACGUGUGGUGCGUAUAUACAACUAUACCUGAAAUACUUCAAGUAUUUCAAUUUUAUUAACAAGGACACACUUUUCAAAAUGCUGUUUUAGUAAUUUAAAAACCUAAAACAUAAAACAAUGUAAUUGUAUUCAGUUGUUUUUGACGUUUUGGUUGCAUGAGUGUUAAGUCAACCACAGUAAAUUAUUUGCAAAAAUGCCUACUGAAGUCCAACCCUCCACAGAAUGAGGUACUAAAAUAGUGCUGGGGAGGAUGUGUUGAGAAACCACCAAGUCAGCUGUCUCAAUGUGGUCUUGCCUUUUGAACACAUCUGAAGGAAAGUCGGAUCUGUCAACACUGACAAGACUCCAGCCAACAGCAGAGGACGGUCUGAUCAGCAGGUUUUAAAUUCAUUUUUAUGAUAAAGUCACAAUGGAUGUAAGCUAUGAAUACGAUGAAGACUACGUCUACAACGGCACAGAGUUUGAGAUUGCAACCGAGGAGCGAAUUAUUCAACAUCCGCCGACGUGCCUUAAGGAGGCCUCGUGUGUGUGUGUGGUUGUCAUCAGCGUGGUGAUUUUCCUCCUGGGUUUCUCUGGGAACGCUUUGGUCAUUUGGAUCUCUGGUUUCAAGAUGAAGAAGACCGUCAACACCAUCUGGUACCUGAGCCUCGCCAUCUCUGACUUUGUGUUCUGCACCUUCCUCCCUUUCAACAUUGCCAGUACAGUGAUGGAGGAAUGGAUAUUUGGGCGCUUCAUGUGCAAGUCUGUCCCUUUUGUGAUGUUCCUCAACAUGUUCAGCAGCAUCUUCCUCCUAGUCGUCAUCAGCGUCGACCGCUGUGUGUCAGUGAUGUGUCCAGUGUGGGCCCAGAACCAGCGCACUGUUAAGAAGGCUUCUUUCACCGUAGUUACAGCCUGGCUUCUGGCUUCUGCCAUGAGCGUUCCCUCCACAAUCUUCCGCGAUGUGAGCCAUAGUUUAAAUAAGACCACUUGUAUCAACAAUUACCCAUCAGGUGAUAACAGUCACAAGUCUGUUGCUUUGAGCCGUGCACUUGUAGGGUUUGUGAUUCCCUUCGUAAUCAUCAUCCUUUGCUAUUCCAUCAUCAUCAUUAAGCUUCAAUCCAGCAGGAUGGCAAAGUCUAAAAAACCUUUCAAAGUGAUGACAGCGCUCAUCGCCACAUUCUUCAUCUGCUGGCUGCCAUACCAUGUCUUCAUCCUACUGGAGAUGAACCACCAACUCUACGACCACACUAUUUUAACCUCUGGGCUCAAAAUAGGCACUUCGUUAGCAGCAGCGAACAGCUUCCUCAAUCCUGUGCUCUACGUCUUCAUGGGCAAGGACUUCAAGAAGAGCUUGAGGAGCACUCUGGUCUCAAGACUGAAGAAUGCAAUCGCGGAGGACGGUCAAACUGUUAGCAGAUACCUGUCCAGGUCAAGCUCGGUGGACGCCAGAGCGUCCACUCAUAUUUAGAGGUUGAAACUUGACCUCUAAAUGUUUUUCUUCUUGCACUUCCAAGACUGAGCGUAUAAAUGUGACAUGUGCUGUCUUCUAGAGAGAAAAGCAAUAAAAUUGAUGUUUUAUUCUUGCAAACUCGCAAUACUGAGGAGUACAAAACAAGUCGUAUUAAUGUCAAUAAAAUGUAUUUGAUUAAAUUUAUCAUGGAGAGCUGUGCAAUUUUGAAAUAAACACAUUAUUUUUAUUUUAUUGUCUGACAAAAUAUAAAAGUUUUAUUUUUUUCUUGUAAAUCUUUUAUUUGUCUUCAGAAGUGUUGAAUAUAUUUUACAGAUGUAUGGUGACAUGGGGGGGGGGGGUCAUUUCAAAGUCUUGUAGAGCUUCAAUAAUAACUGAAUAAUUGAAUUGUAUCUAAUAUAACUUGAAUCAAGUGGUGUUGUACAUACAAUAAUUCAAAAUAUGCAUUGUAACUGUAAAAAUAAUUUCUACAACCAAUGGCUAAUUGGUUUCUUUUGUAUUUUAAAAUAAACAACAUUUUGAGC